CACUGGCCGGUUGAGGGCGCAGUGGCUGACGGUAUAUGGGUGCUUUGGGUUUGAGUUGACAGGAGAGCGCUACAGUGAGGAACGCUAGAUUUCGUGCAGUUAGCCAUGGCGGCCACAGGAGGAGGGAAAAUUAGAACCAGGAGAUAUCAUAUCGUUUCUAAGCCCUAUGCCAAAGGCAAACAGCAAUCAGGUCUGAUCAGUAGAGUAACUGACACAGUAAAGAGCAUAGUACCGUCUUGGCUACAGAGAUAUUUCAAAAAUGGAGAGGUAGCUGAAGGCGAAGAGCAUGAAGUGGAGGUGGAGCGAAACAACGUGCCUACUACUUCCUAUGGCAAUCAGGAAGCUGCUUCAAUUCCUGAUGGACGCAACUCUCCAAAAGCCAGCACCAGUAACACUGAACCCUCUACAAGCAGAGCAUCUUUAAACUUUCAGGAUGCUUUGUCGCGGCCCCCACUCAACCGCUCCCACCUACACUUCCCCUCCCAUGAUGGUUCCCCUGCCCUGGCUUCAAGCUCUCUUUUCUCUCAGCCCUCUACAUCUAGUGCACCCUUUUCAGCAAACCCCUUUGCUGUAGCCUCUAACUUUUCCUUAGUAAAGGAGAUAAAGGACAACAGCUCUCAGCAUGAGGACGACAAUAUCUCCACAACAAGUGGUUUCUCAUCUAGAGCAUCUGAUAAAGAUGUACCCACCUUAAAGUCUGCACCACUUCUCUGGUCUCCCGAGGCCGAUCACACACAGUCUGGAUUGCAGUUACACCAUAAUAGUCUCAAGAAACCAGCAUUCAACCUGUCUGUCUUCAGCAAUUCAUCAUCACAGUCGGCGGUGAACAACUCGGUUCUUAACUCCAGCCAAUUGGGAGACUCACCCUUCUACCCAGGGAAGACUACGUAUGGAGGCGCAGCAGCUGCUAAGUCGGCUCGCUCUCGACCCGGCACCCCAUAUCAGGCUCCGGUGAGGCGGCAGAUCAAGGCAAAGCCGGCAGGAGCUCAGGCCUGCGGAGUAACCAGUGCCACAGCCAGACGCAUCCUGCAGUCACUCGAGCGCAUGUCCAGCCCUCUGGCUGAUGCAAAAAGAAUCCCAUCAACCAUUUCUUCACCUUUGUCAAGAUCGUUGAAUCACACGGAUCUAGAUGCAUCCAGUUUACAAUCUAAACGGAAAAAAAUGGAGCCAGCUGUUCCACCUGUGCAGAAAUUGAUUAUCCCAGCUGCAACAGCUGUGUCUGGUAACCGCUCCAUGUCUUUCCGGCCAUCGCUCACUCCUGGAUCUGUGAGCAGAACAGUGGAGAAGAGCAACAAGGAGACACCUGUAAAACAGACACCUAAGAAUUCAGAUGCCAGAUUACUUCCAGCAAGUAGUGUCCCCAGCACAAGCAAUCUUUCAUACCCCUUAUCCAGCACACCUGCUGCCAACGUCGCAAGUGGUGGAGGAAAAAUGAAGAGGGAGAGGAGUAUCCGACCUUCCUCCAAAAAAGCAGAUGAGGAGGUUGCUGAGGUGCCAGAGCUGCCUGCUGUUUUAUUGCCCAUAAGUAACUCCAGUCUGCCCACCUUUAGCUUCUCAACCCCUGCCUUCACUCUCACCCCCAGCACCAAACCACUGCCUUGCCUACCUGAUAAACCUGCUUUCAACAAGGAAAACUCCACUGUAUCCACACCAUUUUCCACAUCCUUUACUUUCUCAUCACCCAUCGUAAAGGCAACAGUUGCCAGUCUACCAUCCUACUCGCCAUCUUCAGGAUUUACCUUUAGUGCACCCACUUUAAAAACCACACCAUCUGUCUCAAAUGGUAAAUUCGACCCAGCAGUACUUGCAGUGAAAGCAUCUGCCAGUGAAAUCAGGGAGGAAUUUGAGGGGCCUUUUAAGCCUGCCAAGUUCCUGAAAGAGGGCAGUGUUCUGGAUAUCCUUAAGGGUCCAGGGUUCUCCUCACCUUUCCUAAACUCCUCCAACUCAGAAAAAACCGAGAAGACCCCCAGCAGUAACAGUGCGCCACUUGCUUUUUCAGCUGGAUUUGGGGACAAGUUUAAACCUGCUGCAGGAUCAUGGAACUGUGACUGCUGUCUGGUGCAAAACAAGGCUUCAGACAAAAAGUGUUUGGCCUGCGCAGCCGCAAAGCCAAACAAAGACUCUGUCUCUAAAGUGGACAGUAAACCUGCAAAAGCCCCUGCUGCUAGUCUUUCCUCAUUGUUCACUGUUGAAGGCUGGGAAUGUGACACGUGUUUAGUACGUAACAAGCCUGAGGUGGUUAAGUGUGUAGCAUGUGAUACUGCAAAGCCUGGGACUGGAGUAAAACCGGCACUGAAUUUGCCUCCCGUUUCUGAGGUGUCCUUCCCACUUAUUGCCCCUCCCGCGUCGUCCACUUCAACAACCACAUCGUCCUCUUCUACCACAUCUGGACUGCUUGGCUUUGGCGACCAGUUUAAGAAGCCAGUGGGCUCGUGGGAGUGCAGCAUUUGCAUGAUUCAGAACAAAGAACAGGACAGCAAAUGUGUAGCAUGUCAGAAUGCUAAACCUGGAGCAGUGUCUACAGCACCUUCAUCCCAAGCUUCUGUGCCCACAUCAGCUACUAAAGCACCGCUGUUAGGAUUUGGAGACAAGUUCAAAAAGCCUGAAGGCAGCUGGGAGUGUGAUGUUUGCUGUGUUCAGAACAAGGCUAACGACCAGCAGUGUGUGUCCUGCCAAACAGCCAAACCAGGAGCUAAAGUAGAAUCCAAAGGUACUUUCGGCACUCCCUCAUCUAACACCAUCUCAAGCUCUUCUGCUUUUAAAUUUGGGACAAGUUCUUCCAAUUCUGCCUCUGAUGGACUGAAAUUUGGUGGCAGUUUUUCAGAUUCAUCCUCCAACACAGGGUCUUUUAAAUUUGGUAGUGCUUCCUCAAUCUCCACCUCGGAUUCUGCAGGCUUCAAGUUUGGAGGCUUAUCCUCGAGCAUUACAGAGGAAUUAAAUUUUGGGGGGGACUCAGAAGCCUCUACAGAACCCGCCUCAUCAGGCACAAGUUUAACAGGGACAGUGAAAAUUGGUGGUUCUGCUGAUGGCUUGAAAUUUGGGACAACCUCUACUCCUGUGUUAUCCAGUGAGGAGAACAAGAACACCUCUCAGGACUCUGGUGCUGGUAUUAAAUUUGGUGGAAGCAGUGGUGCCACUUUUGGCUCUGGCGCUCCAAGCACUGCUGCAACAUUUUCAUCUGGUGGCUUUUCCUUUGGACUCUCGAAACCUGAGGCGAACUCCGGCUCUAAUUCGGCGUUCAGUUUUUCAACACCCAAAGCUGAAAAAGAAACGGCUUCUUCUAUAACGGCUAUUUCAGCCACUGCCACCCCUGCUGCCAACACUCUUCCGGUUUUUGGCAAGCCACCAGUGGCUGAGCCCUCAACUGCUUCAUCACUGGGAGAGCCAGCGGCAAAAGUGGCAACCCUGGCUCCAUCCACUGCAUUUUUAUUUGGGGGAAAACAGGACGUAAAGAAGACUUCCCCAGUACCCUCAACUGGAUUCAUGUUCAAUGCAGCCAAGGAGGCUGACAAACCUGCACAGUCAGUGGGUUUUUCUUUUAGUAAGCCAGAUCCUCCAAAAGAAUUACCCAAACCUACUUUUGCAUUUGGAAAGCCUGCUGAGCCCACAGAAACCCCCAAACCAGCAUUUGGCUUUGGGCAAAAUGCAACAGACACUUCAGCACCAAAGCCUAUGUUUGGCUUCAUGACCAGUUCAUCCAGCACCCCUGCAUCCUCUAAUACUGCACCCAGCCUCUUUGGAACUGCCACCAGUUCCAGCCUUGAUGCCACCCCUGCUCCAAGCAAUGCCUUUAUCUUUGGCCAGAAUUCCUCCUCAGAUGCUUCUACUACCAAGGCUUUCAUGUUCGGACAGCAGCAAGACAGCCAGCCAGCUCCAGCGGAACCCUCUGCUGCUCCUGCUCCUUCACAGCCAUUUGUCUUCGGUUCAGCGAACAGCUCGGGUGCACCCACGUUUGCUUUCGGUGCUGCAGGCCCAACCCAAGCAUCUGCAGCCCCUGUACCAUCGGCUGCUCCCUCUCCAUUUGGGUUUAACUCCAGCGCACAGACCUCUGGCUUUAGCUCUGGAGAGACACCAGGGUUUGGCUCAUCGCAACCAAGUGCCCCAGCCUUCGGAUCAACUACGUCCUCAUUUACAGCCACAGCCUCCUCGCUUCCUGCUUUUGGAGCCAAACCCGGUGCUGCUCCUGUGUUUGGCCAGCAGUCUAACCCUACACCUACUUUUGGAUCUUCUGCAGGCCCUGCUAGCCAAGGAGGUUUCCAGUUUGUAGGUGCUGGAGCUUUUGGAUCAUCCAAUAGUGGCAGUGGUGUGUUUACCUUUGGAUCAGGAGCUGCAGGCAAUCCUCCAGCACAGUCAGCAAUGUCAACAGAAGCCUUUGUGGCACCAAACUUUAAUAUUGGAUCUACAAAAACUUCCUUCAGCUCACCAUCCACUGGACAGCAGGGCAUUGCUGGCCGCAAGAUCAAACAUGCUGUCCGACGUAGAAAGUAAAGCUGGAUACAACGCAGGCUGCCUCAUCUCCAAACCAACACUGAAGUACUUAGUAUUUUGAGCGCGGCACUCUGCUUGUUUCUUGUGCCAGGAGAUUUAUUUUGCAGUCAAGGGUCAAAGGUAGACUGUGGUACUCUGGCCCCAUGACCGAAUCUCACAGAGACACAAAAAUGCAAAAAUAAUUUGAAACAAUCAAGCAAAAGCCUUUCCUUGAGCAGGGAAGGUUUAUAUUUUCAGCAUCUGCAAUCUUGGCAAUUUUUUGUGCAUGUUUUUUUUGUAUGACAAAAACCAUGCAAAAAACUAAUUUAGAAAUUGACAAGUAGAUUUUGCUCGGGUGAUGUGCAGGUUCGUCUGUGAGAGGCAGACACGGACUGGUUGCUGUAUGUACAGAGGCUAGUGUUUCUAUGUAUUGAAUGAAGAGUAUUUUCCUCAUUUGUGCGCAGAUGUGUGUGUGGUUUCUUUUUGUACAUGCUGAAUUGUGCUGGUUGGUUGUGUCUGGCAUAAAAAGGCAAAUGAAUGUGUUUAAGGAAGGAGCGGGGUGGUGGUGUAGACCCACGCUUUACGCUAAGAUUGGGUGUCGGUGUAAAGGAGCCCCGCAACUCUCCAUUGUAAAUCUGUAGAUCGAAAUCUGUUUAGCCUAUCUUGUAUGUCCUUUUUAGUUUUUUCUUUCCUCUUCUGUAUUCUUGUUCUGUCAACUCUUGGCCUGUCAGCUCUCUUAGUCUCACUCUCUCAAUUGGCCUUUGAAUAUUAUUACAAAUUUGUAAAUAGUUUUUUUUUUUUUUUUUUUUUUUUUUUUUUUUUUUUUUUUAAUCUGUGAAGUUUUUGUGUUAAAUCAACCUUUUUCAUUCAGCAUUUGUCUUUUAGAAUUUAUGUAAAGCCCUUCAUUCAAAGUUACCCAAAUCCAUUUAAAAUUAUCUUAAAUGCAAAUUGGGGAUCUUUUGAAGAUUAAAAGGUAUAUUGGCAUUUCUGAUCCACUUUUGUUUGGACCAAAACCAGUAUUGUAAAAAGUGUUAAGUAUAUAUUUUUCUAUUGCUUGUUUAAAUGGACUAGGGUGACUUUGGAUAAUGAGGACAUCUACUUAUUUUAAAGCCAUGACAAUUAUUACUGAAAGAGUGAUAAUAAUAAAAACAUGGUAAUUGCCAUUAAAUAAAUAAA